GAUUGCCGCUUGCGAUCGAUUCACUCCACUUUCCCCACUAACCCCACUCUCGCCGUGUUAACAAAAAAAAAUUUGCCCAUCUUUUUCUCACAAACGGUGGAAUCGGAGGAAAAUUGGAGAGGGAUUGAGCGAUGCGUCGCCGAGAGCUUCUCCUCCUCUUUUCCGAACUAGGGUUUCUUCUCCUCGCCAUCGCCCCCUUCUAUGCGCUCGCUUCCAUCCACGAGUACUCCAACGAAACCUUCUUUCCCCGUUCCAAUUCCUUCUUCUUCCACGGCGGCAGCGAGGGCCUCUACGCCUCCGAGGUCGCUCUUAGUUCCCCCACUUCCGACGGCAAAUCCCUCAUCCGGUUUGAGUCUGUAACUUUCCGCCGGACAAAAGAGUCAGCAUCCCAGCAUCAUGAUAUGCAACGAAAUACUGGAUUGGUGGAAGCCAUAAUUCUUGAAGUUCAAGACAGGGAUAAAAUUGGUGGUACAUAUUUUAACUCUGAUGCUAUAUGCUGUACUCGUGAUCUAGAAAAAGAGAUAUCUUGUAAAGCAGGGGAAGUAAUUAUUCGUCCAAAUCCGGAUAACCCAAAUUGGCCAAAACGAAUUCAGACAUUUUUUGAUGGGACCAAUGAAGAGGCAAACAAGAUAACUCAAACUGUCUUCAUAAACAGAACUGGAAUGUACUACCUUUACUUUAUGUUUUGUGAUCCACAACUUAAGGGCACUGUAAUCAAAGGUAGAACUGUUUGGAGAAAUCCACAAGGAUAUCUUCCUGGAAAAAUGGCACCAUUAAUGACGUUCUAUGGUUUCAUGUCGUUGGCGUAUCUUUUGCUUGGACUUUUCUGGUUUCUCCAAUUUACACGGUUUUGGAAAGAUAUAUUGCAGCUUCACUACUAUAUCACAGCUGUAAUUGCUCUGGGCAUGUGUGAAAUGGCUUUCUGGUAUUUUGAGUAUGCAAACUUCAAUUCUAUUGGAACGAGGCCUAUGGGCAUAACCCUAUGGGCAGUCAGUUUUACUGCUGUCAAAAAGACUGUAUCUCGCCUGCUUCUUUUAGUAGUUUCCAUGGGUUAUGGUGUUGUACGACCAACACUGGGUGGGAUGACUUUCAAGGUUGUUUUUCUUGGAAUAAUAUAUUUCGUAGCUUCAGAGGCGCUUGAACUUGUUGAACAUUUGGGAAAUAUCAACGACUUCGCUGGAAAAGCAACAUUGUUUCUAGUGCUUCCUGUGGUUCUCUUGGAUGCGACUUUCAUUGUCUGGAUAUUUUCAUCUCUAUCAAAAACUCUGGAAAAGCUUCAGUUGCGGAGAAGCAUGGCCAAACUGGAGCUGUAUCGGAAGUUCACAAACUCCCUGGCAAUAUUUGUGCUUCUCUCUGUUGCCUGGAUUGGCUAUGAGUUGUAUUUCAAUGCAAUGGAUCCAUUGAGUGAACUUUGGCAAAGGGCUUGGAUCAUCCCAGCUUUUUGGAAUGUCCUCUCCUAUGCACUUCUUGCAAUUAUCUGCAUUCUCUGGGCCCCAUCACAAAACCCAACUAGAUAUGCAUAUUCAGAGGAUACAGGUGAUGACUUUGAUGAGGAGGGAGUUUCACUCACAGGCAGUGGUGCCAAGGGAAUUGGAGACAUGGUGAAUAGGAAAACCAUGGAUCAUGUACUUGGAAUGGGAGAUGACCUUGAGGAGGAUAAACGAGAAUGACAUAUCUUUUACUGCAUUGGGCUUCAGGUGCUGUGGAUUCUGGAAAUCAAUUGCUUGGUACUGGUAGUCUUUGAUCUGGCACACCCAAAACUCUCCAAUAAUGGAUCAAAAUGAGUUUGAGAUAAAACUAUAGUUGGGUGAGCAUAGGAAGUAGAACCUGUAGAACUGGUAGUGUGUUACGACUAUUGUUAAUUGUUGGUGAUCACAUGACCAAAACUGUAUGUCGAGCACCAAUGGCCUUGUAAAGUGGGAGAAGAAUGUUCUGUAAUUAUCCCUGCGGCCGGUUCAUUCCCUGUACAGAGUCCACCAUCCACUAGUCUUUUCAGUUUUAUUGGAGUGCUCUGACAGGUGAAUUUGAAGUGCCAAGCGUCCUGGGUCCAAAACUGGCCUCCGACAGGUGAGUUUGAGGUAUUUCUACAAACACUUGUAACAUGAACUUCCGUCUUGCUUCUCUUCUUUUUGAGAUGGGAGAAGCUACUCUCGACGCCCUAUCCUAUGCAAACUUCAACACAAGCAGGUCGGAGCCCGGGUCCCUGGGCUUACCGAACCAUUGCUCGCAGGAUCGGACUUGGUCCAAGCGAGAGAUGAUGUUCUGAAAUCGAACCCUAAGAUACAGUAUGUGGCAGCUCUAGCAUGACAUGCUUAUGCAUGAGGAAGUAUGGUGUCUUUCUCCAGAUUUAUAUUAUUAUAGAUCAUUUAGUAAUUUACGUAGGCCUAGGCCUCAGACCUAUGUUCGUGUGCAUACGGGGUGGACCUAUCCGCUAUAUGGGACGUCAAUGACUUAACCGUAUGUUCAUGUACGUACGGGGUAGGCCAUUUGGAAGCGAAUGAGGCACAAGAAUCGCAUGGUUGCAGCAGUGUCAUGUCACUUAUCCGUGCCUGCCGGCCGAUCUUAUCCAUGCCCACGGCACUCAAAGACAAUCCCUAAUUUUAGGGUUCGGGUGGACCGUGCAUUGCACAGAUCAUUGAGCACUCUAAUCAUUCUCUUACGUCUAUUUGUACAUAUCUCGGUGUUACUAUCAUGCAAUCUAAUGGUAGAUACUGUUAAAGGAGGUGAGUCAAUUUUUUUGUUGCACAAAAGAUGCUAUGGGAACCUCAAA